AUGAAGGAGGUUUGUCACUUACCAUUUUCGCCACAAUUUUUUCGUAAGAAACUUAUCGAUUCCUCUGUUUUCUUUAAGACAACGCCGGCGAGGAGCAGCGCAACAGGGUCCAACAUCGGCAGCUUGUCCGCGAAAUCUAGUGUAAGAAAAGGAAGUCCGUCAGCUGCAGCCACAGCUGGUUUGGGACUUUCAGACAAUACGAAUAUUGCCGACUCAUCGCGGCUUCGCCUCCCAUCGCCUCGGCUAAGGUUCUUCGACGAGAAUACCCCGUCAAGAUCCAGCACGGCGUCUGAAAGAAUUCCAUUCGAUCAAUCAAGAACCUUAAAACAAUCGAGGACUGUUGGUUCGAGUUCAUUUCUUACAGCCGAGAAAGAAAUUUUGUCAAAAAGCAAGAGCAUUGUCGAUCAAAGGUGUAGAAAUUCAACGAACCAACUCAGCAUCGUCAAUUCGUGUCCUAAAGAAAGUGCGGCGAAAAGGGAUGCACCGAGGGGCCGAAUCGGCAAUCUGAGCCAACAAUUAAUCGAACCCGUCGAUCUGAAGAAACGAGAGAAGGUCGAAGAAAUCAAGAAAGGGAAGACGUACAGAGCUUCUCCAUUGUUCAAACAAUUGAAGAAAUUGUGUCCAUCACUCGAUAGUUCAAGAAUGCCUCUUGCAGACAAGACAGGUAAGUACGACCUUAAUGGAACGAAAUCGACAUCGUAUGGAUCCAAGAAAGACAAGUUGGGGAAGCUGCAGGCAAUCAUGAACCUGUAGUUUC